GAAACAAAAACCUUUGGGGCAAGUUUUCUUUCUUUCUUCCUUUCCCCCUCUCAGUCUCUCUCCCAUUCUCUCUCGAUGAUCUCCUCCUCCUCCGCCAUGGCGACCUCGAAGUUCACGCUCUUAUCCCUCAUCCUCGUCGUCGCCCUAAUCCUCACUCCGGGGAUCAGGGCCGACGCCGCCGCCGCCGAUGAAGGAGGGGUCGAGGCCGUUGCCGCCGACGGAUCCGAUUCCUCUGCCCUGAGGGCCGAGCUCGGCCAACUCAAAUCCAAGAUCCACUCCCUCGAAUCCCUUGUAGAUGAGAAAUCCCGAGAGCUGAAAAGCAAGGAUGAGCUGAUAGCGGAGAAGGAGAAGCUCCUGCAAGAUAAGUUGGAUAAAGUAGCAUCCUUGCAGGAUGAGAUAUCGUUGCUGCAGAAGAAGGGAAAAAUGGACGCUGCGGAGCAGGUCGGAAAGGCUCAUGCACGGGCUGGUGAAUUGGAGAAACAGGUUGACAAGUUAAAGAAGGAAUUAGAGUCACAGCAAAAGGAGAAAGGAGCUCUGGAGACUCGUGCAGCUGAAGCCGAGAACAAGAUCCUUGAAUUGAACUCGAAACUAGAGAAACUUCAACGGACUAAUGAUGAGCAGAAGGCCAAGAUUCUUAAAACUGAACGAGUGCUUAAGGUUGCUGAGGAAGAGAUGGUGAAGGCAAAGUUCGAGGCAUCUUCCAAGAUAAAAGAGCUGUCAGAGGUCCAUGGUGCAUGGCUUCCUCCUUGGCUUGCUCUGCACUGGAAGUGUCUUCAGUCCUCUGCGGAGAAACAUUGGAAGGAGCAUGGAAAGCCGGCUAUGAAUCUGAUGAUGGAGAAGACCAUGGAGAAAAAGUCUCAAGCUGAGAAAUGGGCCGAACCACAUAUUGAGACAAUUAAAACUAAAUUGGUUCCUACAAUAAAGGAGCAGUGGGUGGUGGUCACAACUUCUCUUGAACCACAUGUGAAGACACUGACUAAGAAAUCAGUUGAGGUUUAUGAGACAUCCAAGACUGCCAUCACUCCUCAUGUGAUCCAAAUCCAACAGGUUGUUGAUCCUUACUACCAGGAAGCUAAGAAGAUCGGCAAGCCAUAUAUUGAUCAGGUGGCGACCGUAGCAAAACCUCAUGUGGAGAAGGUGAGGGUAACUUUGGAGCCCUAUACCAAGGAGGCAGUCCGUGUUUACAGCAAGUUCUUGGAGUCUGCUUCUAUUUACCACAAGCAGGCGCAAGAACAUGUUCGAGGGACACUGAAGAAGCAUGAACUGACCAGACCUCUUGCGACUAAGGAGUUUGAGUGGUUUGCGGCAUCUGCACUGUUGGCGCUUCCAAUAAUCUUGCUUUCUAGAAUCUGUUCAGCCCUUUUCUGCAAGAAAGCGAGGAGACCUGGUCGACAUGGCCAUUCGCAUCAUGGAAGGAGAAAGGCCAAGCGGGGACACCCCGACAACAAGUAGAGAGCUUUGAGAUUGUUCUCAAGUUCUUCCAUUGGCACCUUUUACAGGUGGGGGGUGCUGCUCUUGGAAUGGUUUUUUUUUUUUUUUUUCUUUUUGGAGCUCAGAUCAUCUCCUUGUCGACUACAACAGUUUCCUUUUUGAAGCUCUCUCAUGCCCGUUCAUUCUGCGGAGAGAAAGUUUAGAACCUUUUCACACGACAUAGAUGCAUAGGACAUAAGUAGAAUUUCGUGUAAGUUAUAUACUGUUGUCAUAUGGUUAGUGUCUUAGCACUGGUAUCUUGGUGUGCAAUAUACGAUUUUUCUCUUUUGGGAUCUGCUCUGCAUUGUUCUUUGUUAGAACAGAUCUUGUGCCCUUUUGCACAUUAAUUUAUUGCCCACACUUUAGUGGAGUUUAUGGACAUAAAUCUUUUUUGUUACUCAGGGUUUCUUGAUUAA